AUGGCGGCGUCAAUGCCAGAUGAUACUGUUGUUACUGAGAACAAGGCAGUCAGACAUAAUAUUUCCGAUGAGGGAGUUCCUUCUGGUGGCAACAUAGAUUUUGAGAAAAACGAGAAGGUUAAAGGCGGAAGCAGCACUGUUCCCAUCGAUAGUGACGACUACGACGACAAUAGUGGCCAAGACAAUGCCAGCGACGAUGUUAUUAUCAUUACCGGCGCUGAUGCAGCUGCCCAUCUACUGCCACUACGAGAUGAUCAUGAACCGUCCGUGACUUUCCGAAGCCUCUUUUUAGCUACUUGCCUUUCUGCUUUUCAAGCUAUCAUGAGCCAGAUCUACCAGUUCAAGCCAACGUCAGUAACAAUCUCAGGAACCUUUAUCGUCCUCAUCGCCUAUUUUGCAGGCAAUGCGUGGGCUGCGUUCCUUCCCCGUGGCGAUCGACUAAAGGCACGAUGGGCAGGCAAAAAAGGCCAAGAAAAAAUUCCAUUCUGGAUAUCCGUUGUCUCUUUCAUCAAUCCUGGCCCUUGGAAUCUUAAAGAGCAUGCUGUAUGUGCCAUUACAGCCACAUCUGCUUCAAAUGCCUCUGCCAGUAUCACCGUUUUCACCGCACAAAAUCUAUUUUACAACCUACCCUUGACUGCAUCAACUGUUAUCUUAAGCACAAUUUCGAUUGGAUUAUUUGGCUAUGGCAUCUGUGGCAUGCUGCGUCCUAUUGCAGUCUGGCACGUGGAAGCGGUAUACUGGAGCACCCUUCCGACAGUCAAGACACUUCAAGGACUUCACUGGCAAAGCUUGAAAGGCUCUAAACCACUUCGGGUUUUCUGGUACAGCUUCGUCGGCAUGUUCUUUUACGAAUUCUUCCCGGCUUACAUUUUUCCGUUCCUAAAUUCCGUUUCUAUUCCAUGCUUAGCAGCCAUGCGUGCAACUGGCUCAAAAGCAGCCGUUCUUACAAAUCUUUUCGGUGGCUCGCUUAACAACGAAGGACUAGGGAUUUUUAGUCUUUCUUUCGAUUGGCAAUACAUCACAUCUAUCAAUACUUCUUUGCCCUUGACGCUGCAAGCUCAUUCCGCACUUGGAUAUAUCGUUUGCUACAUUGUGAUGAUCGCCAUUUAUUAUAGCAAUGCUUGGAAUGCAAAAUCGCAGCCAUUCAUGUCUACGCAGCUCCGAUCUGAAAAUGGUACCAAGUAUCCUAUUUCUAAAGUGUUUUCUGGUGGCGUGCUUGAUGAAAGCGCUUUGCAGAAAUAUGGCAUCCCUAGGCUUACAGGAAGCUUCGCAUACGCAAUGUUCAUGGCAAAUGCAGCAAUAGGAGCCCUAGUUGCACAUUGCUGUCUAUUCUGGGGUGGAGAUAUCAAAAGGGCAUACAAGAGCGCAAAGAACGGACGAUACGACGACCGCCAUCAUGCACACAUGUCUGAGAAUUACAAGGAAACACCAUGGUGGUGGUACAUAUCAGUACUUGUUUUCAGCUUUGUCCUCGGCCUUGUCGUUGUGAUCAAAGAAAACAUUACGCUUCCUGUGUGGGCUUAUAUCGUAUCGCUAAUCCUUGGAAUCUUUAUCGCGCCCUUUAGCACCAUCCUCUAUUCACGUUAUGGUAACGGCAUUGCUACCAAUAAUCUUUCCAAGAUGUUAGCUGGCCUGAUGCUUCCGGGCCGCCCCGUUGGCAACAUGUAUUUUGCUGCUUGGUCACAUAACGUUAUUGUGAAUUGUGUCAACUUAUGCAAUGACCUCAAAAUGGGGGAAUAUCUCAAAAUUCCUCCUCGAGUCAUGUUUGCGACACAAAUAUACGGCACUGUCUUGGGCGGUUUUGUCAAUUACGCCAUCAUGAUCACUAUCGUCAAUGGCAACCGCGACCUUCUUGUAGACGGUAAUGGAAACGCUUCAUGGAGUGGUGCGACUAUUCAAUCAUACAACACCAAUGCGACCUCUUGGGCCCUCGCAAAAUAUCUUUAUAAGGCUGGUGCAGAAUACGAAAUGGUAUCUGUCGGUCUGGCUAUCGGCGCUGCAGUAGUUGUUCUUCAUCGUAUAUUUGCAUAUUUCGUCCCCAAAAUCCGAAACUUUUCCACUUCAGAUAUCAAUAUGGCCCAGUUUAUUCAAUAUGCGGGAUUCAUACCGUACAAUGCGUCCCAGACUUGUGUUAUCUUGAGUCAGCUUCUCGCCGGGUUUUUCACUCAGUUUUACCUCCGAAACUAUCGACCUCGUAUCUUCAAAGAUUACUCAUACCUUAUUACUGGUGCCUUUGAUGGUGCUAGUCUUACUGCACUUUUCAUUCUAUCUUUUGCAGUAUUUGGGGCCGGCGGUCGCUCUGUACCCUUUCCCUCAUGGUGGGGUAACCAUGUCGAUGGCUACUAUGACUUCUGCCCAGUCUCGGAGUAG